GUCUAGUUCCUUGUGCGGUAUCAAGUAUCUUAUAUUUUAUUGCUGCACUAUUUUUUGGUUAAACGUUGACAGGCUUUUCUUUUACUGUUAUCGUGCGUUAUCUGAUAUCAUAGGCAUGUCGAUGUGAAUUCUUUUGUAUGAAUAAUCAAAAUGUUUUCACGCUACGUAGUGUCGCAAGUAAAGCAUAAUUCUUACUUUCUCGUGGGAUUAGGGAUAGGGCUAUGGCUAGCGUUAGCGACGGUACCAUUAGAUGAAGAGGUGACAGCCUGCGAGCCAACAGUGACAGUAGGAGCGCCGGACGAGUUUGAGCCACAUCGUGAGGAACGUCCGCUGGGCCCCGCGGGCCAGGCAGGGCGCAGCGUACAGCGCCCGCGGUAUUACAGUACUGAGCUGGGUAUGCGAGGAGGAUUGCUUGCAGGAGUCCUCAGUUCUGAAGAUGUUUUAGAAACCCGAGCAGCUGCACUCAACCAAACAGCAGCACGCCUUCAACCUGCUCUUCGAUUCUUCAUCACGGCGAGUGCUUUGCAAGCUGCUCCAGGACGAGCAAAUGUCGUUGGCUUCACUGACACCAGAGAAAUGCUCAAACCAUUUCAUGCACUCAAAUACCUCGCUGAUAAUUAUUUAGAAGAAUAUGAUUUCUUCUUUGUGGUGUCUGAUACAUCGUUUGUAAAUUCACGCCGUCUGACUGAGCUUGUGUCAAAACUAAGUGUCAGUCAGGAUAUUUAUAUGGGUACUAUUGCCGAUGAUGAUACACAUUACUGCACUCUAGAGGGUGGCAUCCUGCUGUCUAACUCCGUGCUGCGCGCCGUGCACGGCGAGCUGGACUGGUGCGUGCGCAACUCGUACUCGCCGCACCACCACGAGAAUCUCGGGCGCUGCGUGCUGCACGCCGCGCACCUGCCCUGCGCCGCCGCCGUGCAGGGCGAAAACUACGUCUCCAUGCACAUAGAGGGCAUCGCGGAGCCCGAGGGAGGCGUGAGGAGAGCCCUGGUGGAGGCGCUCGCCGACGCAGUAGUGGCGCACCCCGCACUGGAGCCCGAGCACUUUUACCAGCUGCACGCUUUCGUAUCGCGAGUGUACCUCGAGCGCGCGCAGGCGGCGGCGGCCCGCGAGCGCGCGCGCGCCGCCCUCAGCGCGCGCCGCCACCCGCGCGGCUUCCGCAACGCGUCGUGGCCGCCCGCGCUGCGCGACGACGCGGGGCUCGCGCCCGCCGCGCCGCCCUCCAGGUUCGAUCACCUGCGCUGGACCCGCUUCAACCUGACGCACGCCUACAUGCCGGACGACCACCGCGCGCUGGCGCCGCUCUCGUCCGCGUACAGGGAGGCCGUCGACCUGAUCGUGGAGGAGGUGCGCGCGUGGGCGGCGCGUCGCUGGGGGGUGGCCGCCGGAGCCGCCGCCGUGGCGCUGGAGGAGGGCGCCUGGUGCUGGGAGCCGCCGCGCGCCCUGCGGUACCGCAUGCUGCUGCGCGUGCCGCGCGCGGAGGGCUCGAGCGCGCUGGUGCAGGUGGAGGCCGCGCGCGCGCUGGGAGCGGCGCGCCUGGCGCCCGCGCGCUACGUGACGGAGAGCGCGCGCGUGCUGCUGCUGCUGCCGCUGCCGGUGCCGCACGCGGCCGCGCUGCCCGCCUUCCUGCGCCGAUACGAGAGCGUGUGCCUGCAGCGCGACGCCAACACCGCCCUCACCGUCGUGGUCGUCCCGACGAGCGAGAGUCCGUCGGCGGAGGAGGACGCGGCGUCGGCGGCGGCGCGCGAGGCGCUGCGUGCGCUGGGGGAGAAGCACCGCGGGGCGCAGCUGGAGGUGCUGCUGGGUGCGCGCGGGCCGGUGGAGGCCGACGCGAGCGAGGCCGAGCUGCAGCAGUACGCGGCGCGCGUGGCGCUGACGACGGCGAUGCCGCGUCUGUCGCGCGACGCUCUGUUCCUGCUGUCGCUGCCGCACAUGGAGUUCACCGAGGAUUUCCUCAAUAGGGUGCGCAUGAACACGAUCGCGGGCGAGCAGUGGUUCCUGCCGCUGCCGUUCGCGCGCUUCGCGUCGUUCGCGCACCCGCAGUUCGCGGACGCGCACGGCGCGCGGGCGACGCUCGACACGGGGCGCUUCCAGUCCCGCGCCGCGCCGCUCGUGCUGUCCGCCACGCGCCGCGACUACGACGACGCGAUGGAGGCGUGGGCGGCGCGCGGGGGCGCGGCGGCGCCGGACGCGGCGGCCGCGCUGAGCGCCGCGCCGCUGCGCGCCGUGCGCGCGCCCGAGCCCGCGCUGCUGCUGGCGCCGCGCGGCGCGCCGUGCGCGGGCGCGCCCCCCGCCGCGCUGCGCUGCCUGCGGCGCGAGCGCGCGCGCGGCUUCGCGGCGCUGCAGCUGGGCGCGCGGCACUCGCUCGCCAAGCUGCUGCUGCAGACGCAGGCCGAGCUCGCUUGACCGCUCGCGAUUGCGUCGAGAUAAUAAAAAUGUUUCGUACUCUU